GCUGGCGGACAGAGGCGGAAGUUGGAAGCCUGGUAGGCCCGGUCUCCUGAUCUCUCCUUGGAGGACGCUUCCAGGCAGAGGGCGGAGAGACUCCCAGCUUGCCGGAGGCCCCAGGACCUAGGCUCCAAAACGCGACCAGACUACAGAAGGAGCUCGCGAGUGCUGGGGCUCUUUGGUAAGACCAUGAAAUAUGGCAUUUCUUAAAUGAAGCAUUCAGGAAUGAAGUGAAAGUCAUAACAAAUAGAAAAGUGAUUUCUAAGUUAUGUCUAUUAAUUUGACUAUAGAUAUAUAUAUUUACCUCCUUAGUAAUGCACGAAGUCUUUGUGGGAAGCAGAAAAGCAAGCAACUCCAUUUCUUGUGCUCACCUAAAUAUUCCUGGAAGAUAAGCCACAUCAGUCUACAAAGAGGUUUUCAUACAAGCAAAAUAAGAUGUAAAUGGAUCAGAAGUGAAGCCUAUUCUUGCAGUAAACACUGUUACUCUCCAAGCAACAAUGGUUUACAUAUUGGAAUUUUGAAACUCAGCACUUCUGCUCCCAAGGGACUUACAAAAGUGAGCAUUCGUAUGUCCCGUAUUAAAAGUACUUUGAACUCUGUUUCAAAGGCUCUUUUUGGAAAUCAGAAUGAAAUGAUCUCACGUUUAGCGCAAUUUAAGCCAAGUUCUAAAACAUUAAGAAAAGUAUCAGAUGGUGGCUGGUUAAAACAGCAAAACAUUAAACAAAUCAUCAAAUCUCUAAAAAACCAUAGUGACAAAUCAGCAGAAAAGAGUUCUGUUCCAGAAAAGCAAAGUCACAUUAUAGAUAAAGAAGAAGAUAUUGGUAAACAAAGUGUUUCUCAUUACACAAAUAGUAUAACCACAAAAUUUGGAGAGUCAUUCUACUUUUUAUCCAGUCAUAUUAAUUCAUACUUCAAACGUGAAGAAAAAAUGUCUCAAAAAAAGGAAAACAAACAUUUCCAGGACAAAUCAAAACUUGAAGAUAAAAAGGUUGAAGAAGAGAAAUCUAGUUCUCCAGAUCCUGGGGUGCAGACUGAUAAGAAGCGAGGCUCAGAACCUUCUUCAUGUGCUGUGGACAAGCCUGAAAGUCCCAGCGGCACACCUGAGGUUCUUCCUGUUUCUACUAAACAAAGUAUUGCUAACUUUCUUUCUCGCCCCACUGAAGGUGUUCAAGCUUUAGUAGGUGGUUAUAUUGGUGGACUUGUCCCCAAAUUAAAGUAUGAUUCAAAGAGUCAGUCAGAAGAACAGGAAGAAGCCACCAAAGCUGAGCAGGCUGUCAGCAAAGACAAAAAUGCAGAGGAAAAAAAGCGUUUAUCUCUUCAGCGAGAAAAGAUUAUUGCAAGAGUGAGUAUUGAUAACAGAACCCGGGCAUUAGUUCAGGCAUUAAGAAGAACAACUGACCCAAAACUCUGCAUUAAUAGGGUUGAAGAACUAACUUUUCAUCUUCUUGAAUUUCCUGAAGGAAAAGGAGUGGCUGUCAAGGAGAAAAUUAUUCCAUAUUUAUUACGAUUGAGACAAAUAAAGGAUGAAACACUUCAGGCUGCAGUUAGAGAAAUUUUGGCUUUAAUUGGCUAUGUGGAUCCAGUGAAAGGAAGAGGGAUUCGAAUUCUUACAAUUGAUGGUGGAGGAACAAGGGGUUUGGUUGCUCUUCAGACACUACGAAAAUUAGUUGAACUUACUCAGAAGCCAGUUCACCAGCUGUUUGAUUACAUUUGUGGUGUAAGCACAGGUGCUAUAUUAGCUUUCAUGUUGGGAUUAUUUCAUAUGCCCCUGGAUGAAUGUGAGGAACUUUAUCGAAAAUUAGGAACAGAUGUGUUUUCCCAAAAUGUCAUCGUUGGAACAGUCAAAAUGAGUUGGAGCCAUGCAUUUUAUGACAGUCAAACAUGGGAAAAGAUUCUUAAGGAUAGAAUGGGAUCUUCACUAAUGAUUGAAACAGCAAGAAAUCCCACAUGUCCUAAGGUAGCUGCAGUAAGUACCAUAGUAAACAGAGGGAUAACACCAAAAGCUUUUGUGUUCAGAAACUAUGGUCAUUUUCCUGGAGUCAAUUCUCACUAUUUGGGAGGCUGUCAGUACAAAAUGUGGCAGGCCAUCAGAGCCUCGUCUGCUGCUCCAGGCUACUUUGCAGAGUAUGCAUUAGGAAAUGACCUCCAUCAGGAUGGAGGUUUGCUUCUGAAUAACCCUUCAGCAUUAGCGAUGCAUGAGUGUAAAUGUCUUUGGCCAGACGUCCCAUUAGAGUGUAUAGUGUCCCUAGGCACUGGACGUUAUGAGAGUGAUGUGAGAAACACCAUGACAUAUACAAGCUUGAAAACCAAAUUGUCUAAUGUUAUCAACAGUGCUACAGAUACAGAAGAAGUCCAUGUAAUGCUUGAUGGUCUGUUACCUCCUGACACCUAUUUUAGAUUCAAUCCUGUAAUGUGUGAAAACAUACCUCUAGAUGAAAGUCGAAAUGAAAAGCUGGAUCAGCUGCAGUUGGAAGGGUUGAAAUAUAUAGAAAGAAAUGAAGAAAAAAUGAAAAAACUUGCAAAAAUAUUAAGUCAAGAAAAGACAACUUUGCAGAAAAUUAAUGAUUGGAUAAAACUAAAAACUGACAUGUAUGAAGGCCUUCCAUUCUUUUCAAAAUUGUGAUGAGUGUGUGCAUAUAUUUUCAUAAUGAAGGCCUGUUCAGAAGAUCCACUGAAUUCAGUGAGGAAUCGCAGGGUUCAACAUGAGUUAACUUUGAAAUACUUGUAAAUUCUUGGGAAUCCUAAAAAAGAUGGUGCUUGGACCAGCUUGCACAGCACAAGGAGUAUACUUGGUUUCAGAAUUUAUAAGGAAAUUAGGUUUUUAUGAUGUUAAUAAUUAACUAUGCUUUAGGAAUUUUAUUAUUGUGCUAGUUGGUUGUAGUAAAUAUUGGUGUUAAUAUUGUUUGAUGUUUGAAAAUUUAUUAAUAUAUGUGCCAAACAAACUGAAAAAUAUCAUAUACUUGAUAUUUUUUCUUUAGUCACCAUAAUCAUGUUGAAUUUAUUUGAUCAUUGAUUUUCUUCAAUGUGGAAAAGCUAAUUUCUUAAAUUUACAUCACAUGUUUUUAUGAGCUAUAUUCCGCAAUCCAAAUGUUGCCUUUUACUGUAAAAUCAUUUAAACAUAGAGAAAAUUGGAAUUUUCUUUGUCAGAGGACUUUUACAUUGGAAAUAUGAAAGGACCAGAUACAGUUCUCUAUUCAAACUUGUUUAUUUCAACAUUGUUUCAUUUAAAAUCAUAGAAGAGAUUCCAGUCAAUCACUUUCUGCCCUUGAAAUGUCAAGAUAAUUCUGUAUGUUAACUUUUCUAGCUCUAGAUUACUAUUCACUGUUAUGAAAUUAAUUACUUGAAUUUACUAAGAAAAUAUCCCUAUCAUUAACAAAAAUAAAC